AGAAGUGGCUGGAUUCUGUGUGUAUUCUGAAGGCGGCACCAGCAGGGUUUGCUAGUGCUUGGGGUGUGGAGUGUGAAGGAAAGAGAGGAGUCCACAGUGACACCAGAAUUUUGGCGUGAGCAGCAGGAAGGAUGGAUGUGGCCUUGACUGAGAUGGGGCAGAUGGAAAGUCUGAAUUUCAACAUGUCAAAUUAACUAAUAUGCUUAUUCAUCAUCCAAGUGGAGUUGUCGAAUGGGCCGUUGGAUACGAGUCUGGACUUUGCGGGAGAGGUCAGUCCUGAGAUAUGUAACCUCGGGCAGACCUGGAAGGUGAUAGAUGUCUUUUAAGGCCAGCAGACUGGAGGAGCUCACUUGAGGAGUGAGUGUGGCUGGAAAGGUCUGUAGACACCUCGUGAAAAGAUUUACCUGAGGAACCCAGACCCGUCCUCUGCCAAGGAAGGAAGUAGCCCAGAGUUUGUCCAAAAAAUCAAUUCGGUGGGGGUCUGGAGGGGACUUGCUCUCUGAAAAUGGAGCAGCCCACACACUUGUCCUUCACCUGGGGUCCCACGGGUGACAUUCAGCAGAGGAGGUGGAUGCGCGGGGCUGGCGGCCCACCAGAAAGAGCAGAGUUGACCUAUUUUGACUGGAAAAGAUCUUUCCCUGGAGCGUUACUUAGGUUGUUCAGUGAAAUGUGCUCAUUGCAGAGGUGCUACUGGGAUGGAGUCUGCAAGCAGACAGGGGUCCACAGCAACAAAGCUCUGAGCAAAACAUGCCCGUAGGGCAUCUGCUGGGAUUUACUUCCACGAGCAGUCUCACCGGGGCCGCACUGUUGGCUGAUUAAUAACAACUCUCACCUGGCAGUUGUGACGAGCUGUGGAAAUGUUCCAUGAUGCAUGUGUGUAUAUAUUAACUGAUUUAAUCCUUGCCACAGCCCUAGAAGGUAGACACUGUUAUAACCAGCCCCAUGUUGCCCAUGAGGAAACAGAGAAGGUACGUGACACGUGGAGGGGCUGGGAUCUCAACCCCCGUGCUUCCUCUGUUUUUUGGGGGUUUUUUUUUGGCCAUGCCCCGCAGCUUGCGGGAUCUUAGUUCCCCCAGCAGGGGUCAAACCCGUGCCCCUGCGGUGGAAGUGCGGAGUCCUAACCACUGGACCGCGGGGAAGUCCCUUUCCUCUGUACUCCUGACCAUCGUACUCUGCUGCCUACCAAUAGUCAUCAGUGAUUUUUAGCAGUUUUAACCAACAUUUACUGAGUGUGUUGCCUUUGUGAUUUCAUCGAAUCCUUGCAACAAACCUACGGGAUGGGCCUCCGAUUCCAGUUUGGCAGAGGGGAGAAGUGACUUGCCCAAGGUCACAGACCGGUGAGAGGCUAAGCCACGCUACUCCAUCUCCAGGGCCUCAGCUCGGCACCACGUCCCUAUACUGCUGGUCAUAGUGGUCAGCUCCCGGCAUCUCACGGGGAUUUACCGUGUCAAGGCUUUUUGGCGAUGCUUAGAACUUUGGAAUGAGAGCUGCAUGUUCUCCUUCCAGAGCCUCCUCAGUGCUCUGGUUUGCCUGCUGCCUUGUUCCUGGACGUGGUAUUCAACUUCCUGGCCUUUCCUGUCCUGUCAGGGCCUCGGAGGGUAAGUGGUUUGAACAAGAUCUUGUUGUGAGGGUUCAGUUUGCCCCUUACAUGGCCUCAGCAGGGGCUGAGGGGCAGCAAGGAGGCAGGCGGAGGGAGAGGGACACGGCAGGCGCCAUCUGCCAUCUUCAUAGGGUGUGAGAACCCUCUGAGAUGGGGAGUCCUGAGACCCCUUUGAUAGAUAGAUGGUGAAACACAGGCUGAGCAAGGGCAGGGGGGAAUUGUACUCGGUCAACGGGGAGUCCUGCAGAGUCAGGAGCAGAGGCAGGCCUUGGCCCUGGAUCUCUGGACUCCCAGGCCUGGACUCUUUCUCAGCAUCCUGCCCAACUCUCCCCUCCGGAAGGAAGUAGGACUUAUAUAUAUACCCUUCCUGGCCUGCUUUUGCCAGAGCCCUUGAGACUGGCUGAGGACUGGUUGCCAUAGAGACGGUGGACAGGGAGUUCCAAGGUUGGCAGAUGUGGGGCGGGGCGGGGGAUGGGACAAGACACCAACAUGCUAAACGCCCACCAACAGUUGGUAAGGACCGCAUCGGGGAGACCAGGGCAAGACACACCACAGCAGGCUCCAGGGACGGUCCCAUGUCUGCUCAAGCUUCUCUCAAGCAUCCCCCAAGCUGAGCAGGGGAGUCUUGGGAGCAGUGAUGGUGUAAUUCAGGGCCAGCAGCAGAGGUCUGUGAGCGCAGGGCAGAUGGCAAAGAAGGACCGGAGGCCCAGGGACCGGAACAAGAAGGGGCAAGGCUCUGCUGAGGCUGAGGAUCUGGUCCCCUCUCCUCCUCGGAAACCCUCCUUCCCCUUCCAGUGGGUCUGGGAGAGCUUCACCACAGAUGGCCGGGCUCCGCUUCAGCCGGGCUCCGCCUCGGCCCCUGGCCACCAAGCCCUGCCCUUGCCCCCAGCGGUCCAUCGGCACAAGUCCAGGCGCAAGUCCACGGCCAACAACCCAGAGGCCCGUGGCUCCUGCUGGAAGACAGAGGCGCCAGAUCCGGAGAGGAGACAGCAGCUCAGGGCCUGUAGAUGCAUUCCCAUCCCUCCUGGCAAAGCGGGGGGCCAAGAGCCGGAGCUGCCUGGGAAGAGCUCAGGAUCGGGGCCGGAGGCCGAGCCAGAAGGCCUGGGCGCUGAGGUGGCCGAGAGGGCUCUGAGCCCCGGGGAACCGCCCCAGCUCCCCAGAAGGGGGUCGAUCUUGGAGGAGGAGCCAUUUGCAGAGGCCACAGACGAGGCCGAGGAGGGGGAGCACAGGGUCCCCCAGAGAAGGAGGGCUAGUUCUCCAAGAAAGGGGCGGAAUUCUGGCGAGGAGGCCUGGGACGAGAGUGAACUGCGGAGCCAGGGGAGUGGCUCUGGCUCCAACAACCUCCGAGGACCACAGAGGAGGAGGCCAAGGGCCAGGGAGCUGGAGGGGCCGAGGAACCUGGAGAAGCUGCAGAGGCAGCUGCAGCAGGACUUGGACUGUGAUCCCGAAAAGCUGCCCUGGGAGCCAUCGCGGGCUGCUGUUCAGGCCUCCCGCUGGAACAGGAAGGCCCAUGCCUUGGGAGCUGAUGAGACUUGCCUGUUUGCACACUUCCCUAACCGCACCUUCCACAAACGACAGGAGGCCACCAGAAACCGGCUGCAGGCCUGGGAGCAGCAGCAGCAGGAGAAGCGGCAGCAGGCCGAGCUGCGGCGGGCCCGGGAGCAGCGGCUACAGCAGCGGCUGGCUCAGUGCCUGGCAGCCUACAUACCCAGAGGGAGCCGGGGGCUGGGGGCCGCCCAGCGCAAGCUGGAGGAGCUAAGGCGCCAGGAGCGACAGCGCUUUGCUGAGUACCAGGCAGAGUUGCAAGGUAUCCAGCAGCGGGUGCAGGCCCGGCCCUACCUGUUCCAGCAGGCCAUGCAGGCCAAUGCCCGGCUCACUGUGACCCGGCGCUUCUCCCAGGUGCUGUCGGCACUGGGACUGGACGAGGAGCGGCUGCUGGCUGAGGCAGGAAAGGGGGAUACGGAGGGCACCCCCAGGAAACCCAGGAGCCACAGGUCAGUGGGAGUGAGAAUGGAGCACUCUUCUCAAGAGCCCCCAAAGAAAGAACCCACUGGCAGCCAGCCUGACAAGCACUCCGCCCCAAGCCCAGACCGAGAGUCCAGUCCCUGAGAUAAAAAUUAAAUGCUUUGUGGAAUAUACAGCGUGGGAUUCCUGGUGGUAGUGGAAAGAGGCUGCAGGUUGGGAGUAGGUGGUGGCAGGUGGGUAUGCAGCGCUCUUGGCUGGUUCCCAGGACGAGGAACUCUGGGUGUUCUGGCUGCCCCCUCCCAGCACACACGUCUCUGCCUCUGCCCUGAGGACUGAGUGGGGCAUCUCCAAGAGCGAGAGCUGCAAUUCCUAAAAAUGCUGGGUGCUGGAAUUCAAGAGUGAAUAGGACACAAUGGCUUCCGCCUUUGGGAACUCCCAGUCCUGUGGGGGAGGGGUCGGACCAUUAAAGGGGCGCACGGUGUAACAAACGGGCCGCCAGAACGAGCAACUGUGAGGCGGGGGUGUCAGGAGGGAUUGUGUGGUCUGAGCUUUCACAUUUAAGCAACUUCAGGUUAGAGCCCCUCUCCUCAAGGGGGAAAAAAAACCCUCAAACACACGGACAUGCCAAAUUUUACAAUCAAUUUCAGGGGACUCAGACACCCAGAAGUUCAUCUCGACCUCCGUAGCAGUCACAGGGCGCAGGUUAAAAAAUCCGAUCCAAGGAACGGGGGAAGGCAGCGUUUGCAGACAGUACUAGUUGUAGGGAUUGGGAGGAGGUUGGAAUGUGGAGCUGGGGGGGUCUCAGGAGAACACGCUCGUCGUUGAACACCUGAUGGAGCCACGACCCCAGGGAGUUCACUAGGAGGACGCCUACUGGAGCGGUGGGCGCUGCCCACGGAAAAGUCCGUGAGACAGUGACUGUCCCGUGACUGAGGGUGUGCAAGCGGAGAGAAGCCUGAGAGGGGCUUUUCUGCGUCGGCGGUGCUGACUUACAUGGCCCCUAGGUCCUUAAAGUUCUGGGAUGCCGUCUUACCCAGACCCGGUCGCACAGCACCUUGAGGCGCGCAUGCGCAAUCGGGCGACCUGCUCA